GCGCGCUGUCGUCUCCCGGUCUGAGCAGCAGCGGCGGUGGCAUCAGGGACGGCGGCGGCGGCGGUGGUAGCCGCGGCGGCGUUUGAGUGGAGGAAGAUGGCGGCUCCGGGCGACCCCGGGUUCCGCCAGCGGUGAAGAUCCCCCGAGCACAGCAAGCACCGGCCUGAGGCAGAGCGGCUGUGCUCUGGCCCCGGCCCUGGCUCCUUCGCCACCGUCGCCGGAGACGCGAAACCGAGAGCGCGGAGCGGUCUGGGCCAGAGCUUCGAGUGUGUCAUGGCCAGCUCCUCGGACAGUGAAGAUGACAGUGUCAUGGCCGUGGACCAAGAAGAAACUGCACUGGAAGGGACAAUGGAGCAAGAUGAGGACCCCCACCCAGUGUUGGAGGUUGAGGAAACAAGACAUAAUAGGUCCAUGUCUGAGCUGCCGGAAGAGGUUUUGGAGUAUAUUCUGUCCUUCCUUUCACCAUACCAGGAACACAAGACUGCAGCUCUGGUCUGCAAACAGUGGUAUCGACUUAUCAAAGGUGUGGCCCACCAGUGUUACCAUGGCUUCAUGAAGGCUGUCCAGGAAGGAAACAUUCAGUGGGAGAGCCGGACUUACCCUUAUCCGGGAACCCCUAUCACUCAGCGCUUCUCCCACAGUGCGUGCUAUUAUGAUGCCAAUCAGUCUAUGUAUGUCUUUGGUGGCUGUACGCAGAGCAGUUGCAAUGCUGCCUUCAAUGACCUCUGGAGGCUAGACCUAAAUAGCAAGGAGUGGAUUCGACCAUUGGCCUCAGGGUCCUAUCCUUCCCCCAAAGCUGGGGCCACUCUGGUCGUGUACAAGGACUUGCUAGUGCUAUUUGGUGGCUGGACAAGGCCAAGUCCCUAUCCCUUACACCAGCCAGAGAGAUUCUUUGAUGAAAUUCACACGUACUCGCCGUCUAAAAACUGGUGGAACUGCAUUGUCACCACGCAUGGGCCUCCUCCCAUGGCUGGCCAUUCCUCCUGUGUGAUAGGUGAUAAAAUGAUUGUCUUCGGUGGCUCCUUAGGAUCCCGGCAGAUGAGCAAUGAAGUCUGGGUCCUGGACCUGGAGCAGUGGGCGUGGUCCAAGCCGAACAUCUCUGGCCCCAGUCCACACCCUCGAGGUGGCCAGUCUCAGAUUGUUAUAGAUGAUACAACUCUUCUGAUCCUUGGCGGGUGUGGCGGUCCCAAUGCGCUGUUCAAAGAUGCCUGGCUGCUGCACAUGCACCCAGGUCCCUGGGCCUGGCAGCCACUCAAGGUAGAAAAUGAAGACCAUGGUGCCCCGGAGCUAUGGUGUCAUCCAGCCUGCCGGGUGGGACAGUGUGUGGUGGUCUUCAGCCAGGCGCCAAGCGGGAGAGCGCCCCUCAGCCCCAGUUUGAACUCUCGCCCGUCACCUAUCAGUGCCACUCCUCCAGCCCUGGUUCCUGAGACCCGAGAGUACCGCUCCCAGUCCCCGGUGAGGAGUAUGGACGAAGCGCCCUGUGUUAAUGGCCGCUGGGGAACACUGAGGCCCAGGGCUCAAAGGCAGACUCCCUCGGGUUCCCGGGAAGGGAGCCUCUCCCCAGCCAGAGGAGAUGGCUCUCCCAUUCUCAAUGGUGGAAAUUUGUCUCCAGGGACAGUAGCUGUCGGGGGUGCUUCCUUAGACAGCCCCGUACAGGUCGUGUCUCCAAGCACUCCAUCUGCCUCUGACGGCUACGACCUAAAAGUAGGACUUUCUCUAGCUCCUCGACGAGGGUCUUUACCAGAUCAGAAGGACCUGAGGUUAAGUUCCAUUGAUCUGAAUUGGGACCUGAAGUCUGCUUCCAGUAGUAGUCACGUGGAUAGUAUAGACAACAGGACAGUUGCAGGGAGUGUGAGACACCCUCCAGAACAGACCAAUGGUGUUCACACCCCACCACAUGUGGCCAGUGCCCUUGCAGGGGCUGUAUCUCCCGGUGCCCUGCGUCGGAGUUUGGAAGCCAUCAAAGCGAUGUCAUCCAAAGGCCCCUCAGCCUCGGCAGCACUAAGUCCUCCUCUUGGGUCUUCUCCAAGCUCCCCUGGGAGUCAGAGCCUGAGCAGUGGAGAAACAGUGCCCAACUCCCGCCCAGGACCAGCCCAAGGAGAUGGUCAUUCCUUACCCCCGAUUGCUCGGCGCCUGGGCCACCACCCUCCACAGUCCCUUAAUGUGGGUAAACCCUUGUACCAGAGUAUGAACUGCAAACCUAUGCAGAUGUAUGUGCUAGACAUUAAAGACACCAAGGAGAAGGGCCGAGUCAAGUGGAAAGUGUUCACAAGCAGCUCGGUGGUCGGGCCUCCUGAGACCAGCCUGCACACGGUGGUGCAGGGCCGAGGCGAGCUCAUCGUAUUUGGAGGGCUCAUGGACAAGAAGCAGAAUGUGAAGUACUACCCAAAGACAAACGCCUUGUACUUUGUGCGCGCAAAGAGAUAAUGUGCUCAGCACCCCUUCCCUUCUGUGUCCUUUAAUUUGGAAUUUUCCAGUGUGCAAACAUUUGGACUGAGACUUGGGAAAACAAUGCAACUCCCAUAAACCAAAACUCCAAUUCCAUGCCUAACUUGCUCCAGGCUGGGAUUAAAUCCCCACUAAGGAAAAGAUUAUAUAUAUACAGAUAUAUUAUAUAGCACUCUGUUUACAAUAAAGGCGAGAUCUUCGUCCUGGUUCAGAUCAGCUGUUGUGGUCUUAGUGGAGGCUGUGCUGGCCUUUGUACUCUGCUGCUGACUAGACCGGGAAGUAAGGGGAGAGACCGCAGUAACUUCCCACAGGAAGCUGAAGAAGCGCCCCUGUGAGCUUUCUGUGGCCUUCUCAGAGUCAGAAAUGAUGGUCUAGGCACUGAGGAAGAGGCUCUAGAUGCCGCUGCAGGAUCAGAGUCACAGAAGACAGCUCUUCCCCGCCUCCUGUCAGCCACAGAGGACCCAUGAUGGCUCUGUAGAAGCGCCCUGUGCCUGGUCCCUUCUGUCCUCUGUGAUCCAGAGAAGUCACCCAACAGGAAACCCUGUUCCCCACGUGCUGGAGUCAUGCUGAAACAAUGUUUAUAGAGCCGCCGUCCAUCCGUCUGUCUGCCUCCUUCCUGUCCGUUGGUCUUUUUGAGUUCUCCCUACAUGUCUUAGCAAAACAUUCAAAUGUCUGAUUAGGGAAUUUUCCGACAAUCGUGUUUGGUUGCAAGUUGCCAAAAACCAUAGUUGUUUUCCUUUUAGAACUGGGUCCUCAGAGGCCUCUCCUGUCUGCCGGCUGCUGCCUGUCCUUCGGUGCUUUGCUUUGGGAGGUUUUCUUAUACUUUUUGGUUUUUUUGGUUCAUCUUUGUAAAGCAUCCGAACUUCCGAACUUCUUCCUCUCUGACAAAGCUCCAGUGUCCACAGAAUUCAGAGCUGUUAGAGCCUCCCGGCAUCCUCAUGGCCCGUCGGGACCCACCACAGUGUGCUGGUGCACGCCUGUGUCCUAGCACUCAGGGCAGACAGAGGCAGGAUGACUUCAGGUUUGGGCUUAGCCUGAGUUAUAUGAUGAGACUCUGUCUCAACAAAACAGAGGACAUCUGUAAAGCAUCGAAAGACACCUUUUCCAGUUUUCUCUUUUUCUGAGGCAGUGCCUCACUAUGUACCUCACAGCGAUCCUCCUGCCUCUGCCUGUCACUUGCGGCACAGCCCUCUGUGCUGUGCAGUGCUGUGUCGUCUUUUUCUUGUGUCCCCCAAAGCAGAGCUUUCCUUGCUGCCUUCACUUCAUUUCCUAGAAGAGGUGCAGCCAACCAGGAGAGGGGUUGGUUGGUUGGUUGGUUGGUUUGUUUGUUCAUAGAGAAAGCUAUAAAUUAUUGGUCUCUAAGCCACAGCCUAGACAUAGGAGAAAUCAAAAAAGGUUAUUUCAAAUGGCCAUGCAACUAUGGUUUGGUGGUUUCUCAUCAGUGGAUAAAGCAUUUUUAUUUUACCUUUAAAACUGAAAUUGAAAGGACAGCAGCGUGUUUCCCAGCGGCAGUCUCCCAUUCCCCUGUCCCCGCAUCUCCCAGGCACGAGCCUGCUGCGGCUCGUCUGGCUCAUGGCCAGCACUCACCUUCCGACAAGCGUGUCUCCUGCUCCAUGCUCAGUCUUUCCUUAGCCUUUAGCUUUGCUCUGCUGGUCUUGGCAAGAGAGCCCUCCUGUUUUGAAACUUGGAAAAGGCCAACUCUAGAGGAGGGGUAUUCGAUCUGGAGCCGCUCCCGAGGGAGCACCCCUGUGCCUACUUCCUGUGUGUCCCACUGCUCCAGCUGCCUGCUCUGUUGCUACUACCAGUCCUUUGGCCAAGACUGAUCCUGUGGGAUCUUGACUCAAGAGAUAAGGCCAGCAGAUAAGCAGCCUAGCAUUGCUGAACCCUCUCUGUGGUGUUUGCGUGUGGAUGGCGCCUCUGGAUUUGGUCUCUACUGAAACAUCAAGCAUUCGGACACCUGAAAGUUAAGAAUCUCUACUUUGUAGUCUUUCUCUUUCCCCUGUGGCCUUCCUAAGCUGGCUGUCAACUGUUGAUUCUUCGACUUCUCCCAAGUAGACAGGCAACAGAAAUCUUAACCUCUUAGAAAGCUAUGGGUUCCUCUGCCUGAGAUCUCUGCAGUCCCUCCAGAGAAAACAGAAUGAGCCUCGACUGCAACCAGCCAUUUGGGACUUGAUGGUCCCUGAGUGCUGUAGAUGUUGCUGUGGGAAGUGAAUCAGCAGUGGAGACUGUGGUCUCCUCAGCCUCAUGAGGCUGUGUGCGUCCUACAACUUGCAGUACGCUAGCAGAGCUCAGUGUCCACAGAACACUGUCAGUUCAGAUUUAACCACCACCCCUUUUUUGACACGAUACCAAUUUUGUCUUAAAAUUCACCAAGAGACAUGAGACAAAAUAUUUUGUUUGAACCCUCAGGAGCACCUAAAGAAAAUAUUUAUCAGUAUUUAAGUAUUUAAAAUACAUCUUGUUUCUACUUGAAGCUUUAACCCUUUCCAUUCCUGCAAGUGUGCCUUUGAGAGCCCUCGGUCAUAUUAACUUCAGUCAUUUGGUUGGCCUGUGAGAGUUCUGGGCGCUGCUCUGCUCCUGCACAGAGCUUCCUGGUCAUGCAUGCCACAUAGUGUGCGGCAGAGAGCAUUCGUUUCUCACUCCUGUUGCUGCCUUUCUUCCUUGUUUGGGACGAGGGCUCCACAACCCCACCUGCCCCGUGUUUUGGGAGCACCAGUAAGGUAGAAGGAAACUGGAGUUUUGUUGAAGGCAAUGCUGGGCUUGCCCUGCCAGCCUUCUCAUUUUAAUGUCUGAGCUCUGGCGAGAACUGAAAGCAUGAACUGUGGAGGAACGGUCUCGGAACUCCCCUAACUUAAGAAGAGGAGAGAAGGCAGGAUUGCAGGAGGCUCAGCCUGGAAAGACAGACAGCCGCCGCAGUGGGACGAGGGGGCGCUCCCUUUACUUUGUCUUUAUAAGUUCCUUCUGCCUCGCCUUUCCCUUCCUCUUCAGUCUGUCCAUCUGUCUGUCCUUGUCCUCAUGGUGACUCUGGCAUGGUGACGUACUCUAUUUGCAUUAUCUGUGGUCACCAGCAAAAAUGACAGCGGGGAGGAUCUGAAGGAGUCCAGGGUAAGGAAGCCUGGCCUGGUGACUGCCUUAAGGCCUGCUCUGCUGUCAUCUGCAGGUGGCCUCUCAGCAGCCCCAUCCUUGGGAAUGAAAGCCAACCUCUGGCUCCACUGUGCUCGCUCUGCCCCCUCCUACCAACCAGGGCUCACGUCGGUGCACGCCCACCGUGCCCUGACAAAGCUGGUGCUGUGAGUGAUGUUUCCCAUACAACUCAGGGGUGCCAGGCGGCUCCCCCCAUAGUCAUUUUAGGCACAUCACAGUGUGGGAAUGAAAAUGGAUUCCAUGGAUAUUUAAAUCUGUCCAUUUCAUUUUUGUUAAUGUUUCCCCCGAUGACUUUUUAGCAGUUUAACAAAUAAAACAACGGACUGAAUUGUC